UCGGUCUAAUGCAGAUAUUUAUCAAAAUAAAGAUGUUCAAUGCGGAUCUACUACACAGACGAAAAAGAACACCCAGCCGCUGUGUUUAUUAUAGUGGGCAGUGCCGACAACCAAUCAGCUGUUACUAUCCCACUGGUGGGCGGGGCUCGGAGCUCAUGAAUAUCCAACCACAGCGCUCGGUGGGAGAGGAGGACGGGGGGCUCGUGUAGAAACGUUAAUAUUGACAGAAAGAAGAGGAUCACUAUCUCCGGGUUUAAACUGCUUCAGAGCCGCGUACCGUUUGUCUCCGUUGUUUUCCGGUGAAGGACGCAGCUGUCGGUUACCGUUGGUCUCCGUUGUUUUCCGGUGAAGGACGCAGCUGUCGGUUACCGUUUGUCUCCGUUGUUUUCCGGUGAAGGACGCAGCUGUCGGUUACCGUUUGUCUCCGUUGUUUUCCGGUGAAGGACGCAGCUGUCGGUUACCGUUCGUAUCAUCGCCAGGGUCUGCUCGGUGGAACAAUGCCCGGUAAAUCCGCGACGACUGUGGCUCUUGAGCCCGGAGUGACCGUCUCCACAGCGGCUCCGCAGAAGUCUUUCCCGUUUGUUCUUAAGAAGAUCAUGGACUUCCCGCCACCGAACAUUCUAGAGGAGGGAGACGACGAGAUCGAGAAGGAGAAGCUGAGCUCCUCUGAGAAUGUGGAGGGAGGCGGGGACGUGUCCAACAGCGCAGGUGGAGGUUCCAGAGGUGGAGGAGGUGGAGUCUCCGCCUCCCUGACCCCAGCCAUCUGGGAGAAAACCAUCCCGUAUGACGGGGAGACGUUCCACCUGGAGUACAUGGACCUGGACGAGUUCCUUCUGGAGAACGGCAUCCCCGUGAGCCUGGAGGAGGAGGAGCUUCAGAAGACGCUCAGCUCCAUGGGGGGGAAAGGAAAAUCCAUCCUUAAGGUGACUCCUCCUCCUCCUGCUGCAGCCUCAGCACUCUCCCCCUCCAUCAUCUCAACCUCCACCACCGAGCCAGACGAGACGCUGACGGUCACCACCUUACAGCCUGCUAAACUGGAGGAGGAGGAAGAGGAGGAAGAGGAGGAGGAGGAGGAAGAGGAGGAGGGAGGACAAGAAGAAGAAGAAGCUUUGAGUGAGGAGGCGACCGAGGCAGCAGCAGCAGAAGAAGAAGAAGUGAAACCGAAGAAAACAGAGCGUAACACGCCCUCCCCCAUCGACCCGGACGCCAUCGAGGUGGACAUUAACUUCCAGCCGGACCCCACAGACCUGGUCCUGUCCAGCGUGCCGGGCGGCGAGCUGUUCAACCCGAGGAAACACAAAUUCUCAGACGAGGAGCUGAAACCUCAGCCGAUGAUCAAGAAGGCCAAGAAAGUGUUUGUUCCUGACGAGCAGAAGGACGAUAAGUACUGGUCGAGGAGGAAGAAGAACAACGUGGCGGCGAAGCGCUCUCGUGACGCUCGCCGUCUGAAGGAGAACCAGAUCACGGUGCGAGCCUCCUUCCUGGAACGGGAGAACUCGGCGUUGAGACAGCAGGUGGCCGAGAUGAGGAAGGACUGCGGCCGCUGUAAGAACAUCCUGGCCCGCUACGAGGCGAAGUACGGCCCGCUGUAAGAACCGCGACGUCCGUAAGAAAUGACGAAUCAACGUGAAGCUGAACUCCGCCCCCGCAGAAUUCAACACCGAUACAAACAUGAAGGGAUCUCAAUUUGAAGUGAAGCUCCAGUCACUGAGUCUCUGAUACACACUGCAGGCAGUGAGGCAUCAUGGGAGCUGUAGUCACAGGGAGGCCUGUGGAGAGCGCCUGGCUCCUCCACUCAGAGGAGAGAGAGGACACACGGUCCGUCUGAGGACCAAUCACAGACAGCCAGGACACAGAGCAGUCUGAACUAUUGACCAAUCAUCAGUUUGUUUCAGUGCAACACUCUUCUCCUCCUUCUCCUUCUUCUUCUUCUUCUUCUUCUUCUCCAAGGACCAAAGCAAGAGUCAGACAGACGUCCUGUUUUUAGAAAGGUGCACUUCGGCCCUCCCUCACCUGUCCUCAUGUUGCAUUUAUCCUCAUGUCUGUAUUUAGAAUAACCUGUGGGAGGAGGAGGAGGAGGAGGACAUUUAAAGAGACAUGUCUGUUCCUUUAAGAGGAGGUGAAACUACAGCAGAGACAGGGAGUUGUAGUUUUUAGAGAGUUAGUGUUGAAGGUAAAUGUGUGAUGACCUGCGGGGCCCUCAUAGGUGGAGGGGUACGUUCAUAUGUAGGGAUGUUUAUUUUACUGCACACUGCAGGUAGGGGGCGCUCCAGCCUCUGCCUGUCUGCUCUCAGUGUAGUGACGGCUGGAUUGAUUUUUGAACGAGUAGCCCAAAGUGGACUGCUUUGUAAAUAAUUGAUGGUCUCAUAGAGACCCAGUCUUUGUUAUUAACCCUGUACUAUUCCUUCUAUCUGCCAAAUAGUCGAAGAGUGCUGUAUUUAUUCUGAUGGUAAUAAAGCAUCUGUUGAUUGUUCAUCUAUACGUCUCAACCAGUGCAGGGAUUAAAGGGUUAACUGUGCUUCUGGACCUUUCUUUUCUCCAUCUCUACAAUCUCCUGUAUGUGUGUGAGACACACACAGCUCACAGUGAUUUACCUCAUCCAACACUUCCACUGGAGACGCUUUAGGAGGACGCCGCAGAGACAGACUGUUACGGGACUCAAACUAAAGAGAACAUCCGAGUGGCAAUAAUCGUGUGUAAUGUACCGCCUGUUAACUUUCAGUGAUCGUGUCUGUAAACUGAAUAUGAUGUAACAUAAAAAGUCUUUGUGCUUCCACUUUGGAUCGUCUGUACGUCACGAUCCUGAUGCAUGAGCCCUCACAGUCGACGGUUUCUCAUCUGACACCAAGUGUACUUAGUGCGUGUGCGUGCGUGCGUGCGUGCGUGCGCGUGCGUGCGUGUGUGUUUGAUCCGGACCCUGUUUCCUGAUGACGUCUCUGAUCUUUGGUUUCAUGACGGAGACGUUUAAUGGACUUUAAAACACUUUCUUUGUGCAGGUGACAUUCUGACGUGUCAUUGGCUGCAUUAUUCAGUUUGAUGAAUGCAAACCUCCGGGUGGUUUUUUUUAAGAAGACGUUCACAGACACACGGAUGAAUAUUGUGAAUAUUUCUGCAUACACCAUGUAGCAAACUUUGUUUUAGUGGUUUUGAUGUGGAGCUCUGAAUAAAAACAUCUUUCAUGAAUUAAA